AUGUCAACUAGUAUGAUCGAACACACUCCCCUCAGUGUCAACCGACGGGCUUCUAACACUACUGUCUACUACCACUACGAUGACCACCCCAAGAAGACCACCAGCUUCCCUCCCCCUAAGCCCCCCUCUGGUCGCGUCGCCAAUUUGCUCUCUGCUGGUCACUACUCUACCCCUUCAACCGGCUCAGCAGCGCUAUCCGAGCACCUCCGUCACGCAGGUCGUUGGAUACCAGCUAAGGUCAUGUCUGUGAUACCCCCUGAUGAUCCCCGAGCUGGCGGUAGUAGGAUAGGCCUUGUCCAUCUAGAUUGCAAGCCGAUGGCUCGAGUUGAACAGGUUCGGUACGCUGCUCCGCCAGUCGGAAUGCCCCUCUAUCCUGCUGGUCCCAUGUCGGGCCCUCCCCUCGACUUUAUCGACGUACCGGCAGCCUUCUCGAUGUUCAACUCCUCCGCGUCGUCUUCCUCUCCGUCUCUCAUUCCGGGACCAUCAGUUGGUCCUCCUACGGUUCGAGUGAUGAGGACUGCUACGACCAUCCCAACAGCCUACCGACGUCCUUCGUACAUUACCAAGACCACAAGUAUGGCAUUCAAGAACCCCGGCAAAGCUGUGCAACUGGUCUCCUUUGAUGGUGAUAAGCUGGUGGUCGACCCCGAGGCCCUCGCCCUGUUAGAGGCUCUCGGUCAUGACAAGCACAUUAGCGUUGUAACAGUAGUUGGUAUGCUGCAAACUGGUAAGAGCUACGUCCUCAACAGGCUCGUGAGAGGUCCUAACGGUGCCGCUAACGCCAGUGACGACCCGCAGAAUAAAGAGAAUAAGCUUUUGAAUAAGCUGCUCAAGUUUGGCAAGAAGAAGGAUGGGUCCGGUAACCGGCCUCCCUCGGUGGUCUUCGAAACGGGCAGCGACGUGAAUGGCUGUACCCAAGGCAUUUGGAUGUACAUCUGCGAUGAGGAACUCCACGAUAAGGUCGUCGUAUUCCUCGACUGUGAGGGUCUCGGCCGAGAUAGGGCGCAUGAUAGUAAACUCAUGGCCAUGGCUAUGCUCAUGAGUAGCGUAUUGAUAUACAACUCUAAGGGGGGUCUGGACGAGUCGGCGUUCAAUGGCUUGUCGCUUGUAUGCGAACACGCUGAUCAGCUGAUCAGAGAGUUUAAUAGGGAGUGUGGUGGAGCGGCGGUGGAGGGUGUCCUUUCUACGUCCUUCUUGUGGGUCUUGAGAGACUUCGCAUUGAAAAUGGAGAACGAAUUCGGCGAGGCUAUGAGCUCAUCUGAGUAUCUCGAGAGUGCUCUGAAGACCAUUGGCAAGAAGGAUGUAUCGAGAGCGAUGUUCGAAUGCUUUGUGGACGUCGACUGUGACACUUUAGUCCAACCUACUGUGAACGAAGCUGACUUGCAGAAGUUGGACUCAAUUUCUGAUGGAAAACUGCGUAAGGAAUUCAGCGACCAAGUCCAGGCCCUGUGUGGUAAAAUAUGGAACAUGGCCGCCUCUAGAGCGGUGACCAUCAAUAAGUGCGGCGGAGGUACUCCCUUCACCCCGUUUGCCUUGGCAGUUUACAUCAGAAAGAUCAUCCAGAUAAGUGGCCUGUUCGUGACUGAGUUAGAUAAGAAGGCUGAAGGCAUAUCUCACGAUGAACAGCUCACUAGGCGUCAACGAGAUGAAGCUCUGGCAGGUAUUGAUACGCUGAAGAAGACCGCCUUGGUGGAUCUGACGGCUAAGGUGGCCGAGCUGGAGGAGGAGUUGACUAGACGGGAUAGGAAGGAGGAGGAGCUGCUGGCCCAGUUGGAGGGGAAGGAGGGUGAGAUGGAGAGGAUGACUGAUAGUAGUGCGGCAGAUACUGCGAGGAAGAGAGAAUCGCAGGCGAACAAGAGCUGGGAGGGUAAACUUGAGAGGCUCGAGAAGCAAGUGGAAGAGCUCACAAGGGAGAAGGAAGAGUUGGAGGAUGUUCUGGUUAGUACGGAGGAGAGGAUGAAGGAGGCUCAAGAGGGCAAGGAUGACUUCGAAUCUUCGAAGAACAAUGAGAUCGAUACGCUCACUGAGACUCUCAUUGGAAAGACUGGCGAAAUCGCGCGUCUCACCGAGGAGUUGGAGAAAGCCGCAGCCGAGCUUGAGAAGGCGGAGAAUGGCGUCAAAGAGGCCGAGCUUGCUCUCUUCACCACCACUCGAGACAUGGCUGCUGAUCAUGAGAAGAACGUUGCUGAAUGGCGCGCGAGGGUAGCCCAGCUGGAGGGUGAAAAUGAGGAGGUCCGAGCGCGACUACGCGCAGAGGUGGAUGGCCGAGAGAAGGCCAUAAGGGUAGUGUACGAGGAGAAGGCAGCUGCGACAGAGGCGGCACACGAGGCGAUGACUAAGUUGAGAGAAGAGAUAAAGGAGUUGAAGGAUAGAGUGGCUCGAGGUGGCGGCCCGCGGUCUAAGCGCAAGUGCUUGCCGUUCUGCACUUCCAGUGUGUACGGGAGCGUCCUUCAACUCUACAGCAAGGCUGAUGAUCGCUUUGUAAGAGUUAUAGUCAACACCAGUAAGCUCCAACAGGAUUAUCGUGACGGGAAGAGCUGUCUACCAAAUCCAUCAAGGAGAUAUUACCAUGCAGUAGCUGAGACCAGAAUAGUGGGUUUCGCUAACCCUCCUUGGGAUCAGCCCUGGGAUCCCUCCGAGCCUCCGGGGGAAUCGGUGGAGAUCACAAUGCAAAAUGAUGACAUGUCGGAAUGCCGGUUCGAUGUCGGCGAGAUCUCUACGGCUUUCCACGACUCAGCUGCCGCUCAUCAGGACUACUCUUGGGUCGUCACUGCAGAUGAUCUCAUCGCGGUAGCUCCCGAGUCGCUGCUCGAGAUGAAGUCAGUUAAUGAUGAUGAAGUUUAUGACGGGGAAGGCGAAGGCGAUGAGGAAGUGGAGGAAGAAGAUGACGGAGGUGAGAGAGCUGACGAGUCGGCGGGAGAGGAGGGUGAUGAGCCACCGAGGGAACGAACUGGCGAACCCGGUCGGGAUCGCGAUGCAUCAAAGAAGAGGUUGGCGACUGGCGUGUCGGAGGUUGAUACUGAGAUGAGCCAAAUUGGAGAGAGGAGAUACGCUGAAGGGAAGCUGGCGACCAUGAUGGCCUUAGCUUAUGCGAUGCAGGAGAGUGCCAGGCUCAGGGUGGGCUCGGCCGUCUUAUACUUCACGUCGGUUGGGGGCCCUCUAGAGUCGACAUAUCUGCUCUAUAUGGAGGAUAUGAUGCCAAUAAUUGAUGAACGAUCGGAGACGUUGGAGAAGAAUUUGGAUGAUGCCUGGGAGGAGCUCAAACGUUCUUCUGAGAAGGUGGCCUAUCCUCUUAUCGAUCGACUUGAGGCGGAGCUGGCUCGUGUGGGAAGAGAGAUUAAGGCCAAGCCCGGCCCUUCGGAGAUUUAUGCACUGAGUGAGUUGCGAGCAAAGGCCAUGGGGGGCGCAGGGCAGCCGGAGCAUGAUGAGGAGGGUGGAAAUCAGGGAGGAAACUCAGAGGAUGAGGGAGACAUGAUGGAAGACGAGGCUGGUGAGAAUCCUGAUGACGAAGAUGAGGAGGCGGAAGACUGA